AUGGUCUGGAGUACUUUUGCGCGUCUGCUCUCGAAGAGCAAACCGCAUCUGGUUCCUGGGAAGCUUUUGGUAACCGAGCUCUGGUUCGAGGUUCCUUUGGACUACUUGAAACCUGCUGGCAAGAAGAUCAAACUGUUCGGUCGAACGGUCUCCAAGUAUGAGCGUCCCAUCAUUGAGCCAUCGCAUGGUGAGCGCAUCAAGGCUGCCCAAAAGCCCUUCCUCGUCUAUUUACAAGGCGGACCUGGCUUUGGCAACCCCCAACCCCAAGAUAGUACCUUGUCAUCCCAUAUGCUUGACAGAGGAUACGAGCUGCUUUUUCUUGAUUAUCGAGGCACCGGCUUCAGUUCCACUAUCUCGGCGGAAACAUUGAAGCUUGUUGGUGGCCCCCAAGAGCAAGCCGACUACCUGAAGCACUUUAGAGCCGACAACAUCGUGAGGGAUUGCGAAUCCGUCCGCAAAUAUCUGACCAAGGACUAUCCACUGGAGAAGCAAAAAUGGUCGAUAUUUGGACAAUCGUUUGGCGGCAUGACGAGCCUCACGUAUCUGUCUUUCCAGCCGGGCGGCCUACGCGAAUCCUUUAUAACAGGUGGUCUAGUUGCACUAGACAAGAAUGCUGAGGAGACGUACCAGUCCACGUUCAAGAAAGUCAUCAAAAGAAACGAGGCGUACUACCAGAAAUUUCCAGACGACGUUGUAAAUGUCAAGGAAAUCGCUACCAAAAUCCACGAGUUAGGUGGGGAUAAUGGUAUUCCUUUACCUGCUGGAGGACGACUGACCGUGCCUCUGUUUCUUACCAUUGGCAUCAACUUUGGCAAGUACUAUGGUCUCGAUAUAGUACACAAUCACAUUCUUAAGAUGAAAGGGGAUCUGGACCAGUUUGGUUUCUUCACGAGGGCCACCCUCAAUGACAUCCAACAGACGAUGGGCUGGGACGAAGCUCCUAUCUACAGCGUCCUGCACGAGCCAAUUUGGUGUUAUCGUCCGGGAAUUGCAAGCAAUUGGGCGGCGGAGAGUGUUGGCAAGGGCCUGGACAACUUCCAGUGGCUUCGGAGCGACUGGGCUGGUCCUCAAUCCCUGAAAAAGGACGAGCCGCUCUACUUUUCUGGGGAAAUGGUGUAUCCUUUCUUCUUCGACACUUGCGAUGAGCUCAAAAAGUUGAAGGAUACGGCCCAGAUUCUUGCCAAGUACGAGCAAUGGCCGGCUCUCUACGAUGAGGCGCAAUUGAGGAAGAAUGAAGUCCCUGUAUAUGCGGCCAUAUAUGAGGAUAUGUAUGUGUAUCCAGAGGACUCUCGAAAAACAGCUUCUAUCAUCAAAGGAUGCAAAACCUGGGAGUCAUCAGUUCAUUUCCAUGGGGCGUUGAGAAGCCAUGCAUCGGAUGUAUUUAGAGAGCUGCUGCGCCUGAGAGAUGACACAAUAGAUUGA